UUGGGGGGAAAACUGGUGUUAUAUUUUUCCAAGAACAUUUUUUCUGACAGGAUAAUGAUAAAUAUUAUGACUAUGUGUUCGUAUUUCCGUAAACUCGCAGAAGGCGGUGUGUCUAAUGACUAAGCACAAGAAUCUCAGGGAAAUGUCUAUUUUCUGGUUUUUGUAUAUUACUCGGUAAUUCUUGGGCUAGCCUGGCAAAAGGUAUGAUAAUGAAAUAUUAUUUGGGAAAAGCCGGGCUGUUCCAGUGUGUUUUCCUGGUAGAACAGGGCUCCGGUUGGUCGGUGGUCCGGCACCUGUUGAGGCCGCGGGCGACCCCACCUCUCGCCCCUCUCCCUGCGCGGGCGGUGGAGGCGCCCUCCUCCCUCCCGGGGCCUGAUGGGAAGCGGCGGGCUCCGCGCUCUGUGCGCAUGUGCGGCGCGCGGCGCUCACUUCAAGGCCGGCUCCGUUACUUUCGCGAGGUGGUACAGGCUCGUCCGGGUGUCGGAGCUGAGUCGCGCGCUCGCCGCGCUGUAGGGGUUCCGGGGUUGCAUGGAGCUUUACCUUCAUUCUUCUCCACAUUUUCCCGAGACCAGCAGAAAAUGAACAGAUCCCAGGUAUUAGUGUCAUUCAAGGAUGUGACUGUGGGCUUUAACCAGGAGGAGUGGCAGCACCUGGACCCUGAUCAGAGGGCCCUGUACAGGGAUGUGAUGCUGGAGAACUACGGCCACCUCGUCUCACUGGGGUGUUGCUUUACCAAGCCAGAGGUGGUUUUCAAGUUGGAGCAAGGACAGGAGCCAUGGAUAGUAGAGGAAGAGUCCCCACACGAGAACCACCCAGAAUUCUGGAAUGUUGAUGACCUGAUGGAGAAGAGCCAGGAAAACCAAGACCAGCAUUUGUGGAAAGUUGAUAUUAUCAAUAAUAAAAAACAGACUAAGGAAAGAAAUAGUGUAUUAGGAGAAACAUUUAAUGUGGAUACAAACCUAGUUCCAGUGAGAAAAAUACCUGAUAAAAAUGACACACAUAUAAUAAAUGUGAAUAUUUCAGAUUUAAUCAUUAGUAAUAGAAACUCCUAUUUAGGGAAGUUUCAUGAGGUCAGUGGACAAAAGAAAUUGCUCCCCUGUGCAAAGCAUGAGAAUCCUCAUGCCGGAGAGAAACAUUUUGAAUAUGAUGGAAAUGCAAAAGCCAUUAGUCAGAAUGAAAACCGAUUUCAGCAUCAAGACAUUAAAACUCUGAAGCAGUGUUUUAAAUAUAAUGAAUGUGGGAAAGCCUUCCACAAGGAUGCAGAAUUCUUUACCCAUAAGAGAUUGUGCUCAUGGGAGAAGCCCUGUGAAUAUAAUGAACACGAAAAAAUCCUUUCUGAUGAUUCAAACCUUCUUGUCCAUCAGAAAACUCACACAAAGGAGAAUAAUUAUGAAUUUAAUGACUAUGGGCGGAAGUAUGUUGGUGAGAAACCAACUCUAAAUAAACAUAGAGUUAUCAUUAGGAAGAAAUACUAUGAAUGUGGUAGUAAUUUUGACAAUAAGUCGUUUCUCACUCAAACUGAAAGAACUCACAAAGGAGAAACAGGCUUUGAAUGUAGUGAGGGUGGGGAAAUCUUUGAGAAACCAAAUCUCUCUCCCCAGCAGAAGCAUACAGAAAAGAAAACCUUCGAAGAUACAGUUCCUUCUAAACAUCAGCAAACCCACACAGGAGAAAAACUUUAUGAAUGUAAAGAGUGUGGGAAAGCUCUCAGCCACAGGUCAUCUCUUCUAGUACAUAAUAGGAUACACAGCGGGGAGAAACUUUAUGAAUGUAAUGAGUGUGGGAAAGCUCUCGGGCACAGGUCAUCUCUUAUAGUACAUAAUAGGAUACACAGUGGGGAGAAACCUUAUGAAUGUACUGAAUGUGGGAAAACUUUCACAAAUAGGUCAGGACUUAGAGUUCAUCGGAGAAUACACACAGGACAGAAGCCAUAUGAAUGUAUUGAAUGUAAGAAAGCCUUCAGAUACAAGUCUGGUCUCAUAGUACAUCAGAGAACACACACAGGUGAGAAACCCUAUGAGUGUAAUGAAUGUGGAAAAAAAUUCUGUGAGAAGUCAAACCUCCGUGUACAUCAGAGAACUCACACGGGGGAGAAACCCUUUGAAUGUAAUGAAUGUGAGAAAAGCUUCUUCCAGAAGUCGUCUCUUAUAAUACAUCAGAGAACACACACAGGGGAGAAACCAUAUGAAUGUAAUGAAUGUAGGAAAACUUUCUCCCAGAAGUCAUCCCUUAUCAUGCAUCAGAAAAGACACAAAAGAGAGAAACCAGAUACAUGCAUUCAAUGCAGCAAAACAUUUAAUCAGACAUCAGCUCUUAUUAAACAUCAAAGAACACAUGCUGGAGAGAAGCUAUAUGAAUGUAAUGAAUGUGGUAAAACUUUCUUUUAUAAAUCAUCUGUCAGAGUACAUCAGAGAACUCACACAGGGGAGAAACCCUAUAGGUGUAAUGAAUGUGGGAAAACCUUUCGCCAGAAGCCAUCUCUCACAGCUCAUCAGAAAGCACACAGGAGGCAGAAAUCUUGUGAAUCUACAAAUGUGGAAAAGCCUCUCACCAGAACUCACUGAUCUGAGAAAGGGCAGUGGGAAGAAAUGCCUGUCAAUAUCAUGAACAUCCAGGAACCUUUUAACUCAGUUUAUGUUAGAAGUAGUGAAAGGAAGAAACUUAACAAAUAUGAAGAAUAUUUUGCCCAGAAAUAAAGUACCAUCUCAGUGAGUAUCAGGUAUUUGAUAUUAGGGAUAUCUUACAAAUGUUUUGAAUAUUCAUUCUCAAUUUUAUGUUAAUAUCAGGUGUUAGCUGACUAGAACUAUGCCAAUUUGGGAAUUGAGAACUAAAAAAUCCCCACUAGAAAUAUUGUACUAAAUGUUUCUGAUAUAAUACCAAAAUUUUACUGAAAAUAUACCACAUAAUGUAGCAGGAAGGUUGUUGAACAGCACAAUUAGGUUGAGUAAUUGUAAGUAUUAUACUAAAUACAAUUGCAAAGAGGCAAAGAAAUAUGUGAAUAUGCUUUAUAACAGAGAAGUGUUGAUUUUCUUAAUGGAACCCAUCAUAAUCUUAUGUAAAUGUGCCUAUAGUUUAAUAUUUUUAAUGAUGUGUUUUAGAUUUUCCACACUUAAUAUUUAUCUUUUUCAGCCACAAGAACAAGGUAUAUAUAUAUAUAUAUUUUUUUUAUUUAUUUAUUUUCUUUUUAGAGACAGAGUCUCACUUUAUGGCCCUUGGUAGAGUGCCGUGGCAUCACACAGCUCACAGCAACCUCCAGCUCCUGGGCUUAAGCGAUUCUCUUGCCUCAGCCUCCCGAGUAGCUGGGACUACAGGUGCCCGCCAUAGCACCCGGCUAUUUUUUUGUUGCAGUUUGGCCAGGGCUGGGUUUGAACCCGCCACCCUCGGCAUAUGGGGCUGGCGCCCUACUCACUGAGCCACAGGCGCCGCCCAAGGUAUAUAUUUUAAAUAAAAUAUUUGUGGAGUGUAAAUUUGUGUGCUCAAAUUUUUUUUGCUACUCUUGGGCAUAUAUCUACAUAUUGCCAUUAUUACUAAACUACUUCCCCCCCUAAAGAAUCCAGACAGUGUAUUUGUAAACUCAGUGUUAGCUAAAUGGAAUAGUAAGCUUGACAACAGUUAAACAGAAAAUCGUUUAAUAUAGAAAUACAACAUAUAAUAUUUACUUUUUUUUUUUUUUGAGACAGGAUCUUGGUCUGUCUUGGAGUACAGUGGUGUCAUAGUUAACUGCAACCUUAAACUCCUGGGCUCAAGCCUGCCAAGUAGCUGAGACUACAAGUGCACACCACCAUUCCUGGCUAAUUUUUCUAGAUUUUGUAAAGACCGUGACUCACUCUUGGGCUGAUGUUGAACUCUUCACCUCAGUCAACUCUCCUGCCUCAGUCUCCCUGAGGCACCACACUUGGUCAAUAUUGACAUUUUAUGAUAAUUGGAAUUAUGACAUUCUAAUUAUGAAAUCUGCCCUUAAAAAAUUAAUACUAUUGGGCAGCGCCUGUGACUCAAAGGAGUAGGGCACCGGCCCCAUAUACCAGAGGUGGUGGGUUCAAACCUGGCCCCAGCCAAGAAAAAAAAAAUUAAUACUUAUCAAAUUUUAUGUAAAAUUUUCACUAAUGCAAUUCCCAAAUUAUUGUAUGAUUGGUAUUGCAAAGUUUGAAGCUGGCAUGCUCAGUCAUUCAUGAAUUGUGUUUUUAUUGCUGCAUGGUUGUGGCACUAACAAGGAAGACUAACAUGUCAGCAGCCUAAGAAUGAACUAUGCUGUUAUUUAGAUGAUUUGGCAGUUUCAAAGUCUGUUUGUGGACUUUUACUUAAUAUUUAAUGUUAUAAUUUAAAAUACAAUUAAAAUGUUAUCCAAGAGUCCAUAAGAUUUAUGUAGGAUACUUACCUGAACAAUCACCAGAAAGCUAAGAAGAAAUUUUAAGUAACAGUAUGAUACAUUAUCCCAUUAGUUUAUUGAAAAUACGAGCUUUAAGGCUUGGUUUGGAGGCUCAUCAAUCCUGGCACUUAGGCAGGAGGCCAUGGUGGGGGGAACUCUUGAAGCUAGGAGUUUAAGACCAGCCUGGGCAACAUGUAUCUGUCUUUGCAGAAACAGAUAGUUUUUUAUAUUAGCCAGGCAUGGUGGUGUGCAUCUGUAUUCCUAGGUAUUUGAGAGGAUGAGGCAAGUGGAUCAUAUGAGCUCAGCAGGUUGGAGACUAGUGGGCUGUAAUCCUGCCUCUCUACUCCAGCCUGGGCAAGAGAGUGAGAUUGUUCUCUCUCUCUCUCUCUUUUUUUUUUUUUUGGUCUUGUGAGAUCCUUCUCUUAAAAAGAAAUACAUGCUUAGAAAAUAUAAAGUAACAUUAAAAACGAUUAGAAAGUAUAAGGAAACAUUAAAAGCAUGCCAGAGUGGUACAAAUUUAUACCCUGUGACAGUGAUUUUCUUUUUUUUCUUUUUUGAGACAGAGCUUCAAGCUGUUGCCCUGGGUAGAGUGCUGUGGCAUCACAGCUCACAGCAACCUUCACUUCAACAGGCACCUAGUGAUUUUCAUACUUAGCAAUCUCCAACAGGCACUUAGCUCCAACAGCAACCUCAAACAGGCACCUCCAACAGGUACCUAGCUAAGUGAUUUUCAAUUGAUGUGUCAUGAGAAGAUCUUAGGUGUGCCACAAACAAUUUUAAAGUUCAUUAAAUUAUUUUAAAAAUGUUCAAAGCACAGUACAUUUACUAUUUUUUUAAACUUUUUUUGGUAACAUAAUUUAAGUGUGCCAUGAGAUAUAAAAGUUUGAAAAACACUGUUCUGUAAGAACACAUUCUCACUGUUUUAUUUAGUCCCUAUGAGAAAAUUGGUAUGGAAUUUUAAAAAGGACUUUUAGGGCGUUGCCUGUGGCCCAGUGGAUAGGGUGCUGGCCCCAUAUACUGAGGGUGGUGGGUUUGAACCUGGCCCAGGCCAAACUGCAACAAAAAAUAGCCAGGCAUUGUGGUGGGUGCCUGUAGUCCCAACUACUUGGGUGGCUGAGGCAAGAGAAUUGCCUAAGCUCGGGAAUUGGAGGUAUGAGCUGUGACAUCACAGCACUCUACCAAGGGUAAAAAAGUGAGACUCUGUCUCAAAAAAAAAAAAAAAAAAAAAAGGAUUUUUAGGAUAACAUCUAUGAUGCAGACAAUUCUGGACUGUUCUUUACUAAUUUAAUUUUUUUUUACAUUUCAAGUGUUAAGAUUUUAGGAUAUGUGUAUAAUUUUUCAAUAAAUAAGAUCAUACUUUACAUAUUGUAUAA